UUCCUGUCGGUUCCCUCAACGGCCUUUGAUUGAGUUCAAACAUCCAUCAGUAGGACCACGCAUCAUUGCCGAUUGGCGAAUUCACAAUGGCAUCUAAGUUUCUAAGAGAGUACAAGCUGGUUGUAGUAGGCGGAGGAGGUGUAGGCAAAUCCUGCCUGACCAUCCAAUUGAUACAGAGUCAUUUCGUUGACGAAUACGAUCCCACUAUUGAAGAUUCCUACCGUAAGCAGUGUGUUAUCGAUGACGAAGUCGCUCUACUCGAUGUGCUUGAUACGGCAGGCCAGGAGGAAUACUCCGCCAUGAGAGAACAGUACAUGCGCACCGGUGAAGGAUUCCUUCUAGUUUACUCCAUCACCUCCGAUCAAAGUUUUGAGGAAAUCCGCACUUUCCAACAACAGAUUCUACGAGUCAAAGACAAGGAUCCCACAGACUAUUUCCCCAUGGUCGUGGUGGGCAACAAGUGUGAUUUGGAGAGCGAACGAGAAGUUCCCCGACAAGAUGGUGAGGCUUUAGCGAAGCAAUUUGGAUGCCCUUUCGUCGAGACCUCUGCCAAGUCCCGGACAAACGUCGAUAAGGCGUUCUUCGAUCUCGUCAGAGAAAUCCGCAACUACAACCGCAACAUGCAAGGCUUAUCGACGAACAGUGGUGGCAACGCUGGUGCGAGCGGUCCGGGUACUAAAAUGGAAGUGAGUGAGGGCGAAGCCGAAGCCGGCUGCUGCUCAAAGUGCGUAGUUCUAUGAGUUGGUUGGAGAUUGGAGAUGGCGUGAAAAUAAUUGGUU